AUGAAGUUUAGCAAAAAGUUAUAUGAAAGAGCCCACCCAAAAUAUAGGGAACAUUACAUUGCGUAUAAGGAGUUGAAAAAACUGAUAAAAUUAAUAACAGGUAAGGAUACGUCGACAUACACGAUCAAGGAAGUCACAACAAAUUUCGGAAGCAUAAGAGCACUGAGCGGAACCGAGUACAAAUCAACGGAAUCUCGGUUCCAAGAUAUUCUAAAUGCUGAGCUAGACAAAAUUAACACAUUCACUUUGAAUAUUAUUAAGGACUGGUUUAAGGAGUGUACAGAAAUUAAAAAUUUUGUAGAAACAAAAAAGGAGGAGUUGUCGUUGUUGGAUAUUGAGAAUGUACAAAACAAACUUAUUGAGUUAGGAAAUACUUUAAUAUUUCUUGAAAAUUACAAAAAUAUAAAUUUUAUCGGAUUUCGUAAAAUUACGAAAAAGUUUGAUAAGCAUAGUGAUAAGAAUGUUAGCUCGUUCUUUUACAUAAGCGUUGUAAUAAAAAGCUUUUUUAUGAAUUAUGAUGUGAACUUUUUGGUCUGUAUUUUGUCCAUAUGCUACAAAUAUUACAGGAUUGCGGUAAGUACAGCUGGAAAUUUGGAUAGAAAAGCGAGCAGCGCUGAUAGAAAAGUGCUAAGUGCAGAUGGGAGUAAUAAAAGCAAUAAUGAAGUCAAACAUAAAGACAAAUCCUUAGGAGGACAUACGCAUUCGGGUACAAACGAAAUGGGAGAAGGUGUACACGUGAGGAUAAGUGAGAAUGAUAUGGAUCCUAUAUGCCGCCGUAGUUCCUUUAAAAAUGGAGAAGCACAUAUUGAGGGGGAAACUCCUAUCGAGGAGGAAGCACUUAUUGAAGUGGACAACAACAACACAAAGAUUAAAAACAUAAAGUACAUUGUGAAGCUACAACACUUAACAUCGGUAAAAGUCGAAAUUGCUAAAAAGUUUACCAUUAAGUAUUAUGAUCUCGAAGAAGAUAAAUUUUUUCCAAGUGUUAAAAAUUUUAUAGAAAUAAUAUACUCGACUAAGAUACGAAAUUAUCUUGUUACUAUUUAUUUUGAUGAUCAUACAUUAAGCACAUAUCAUAAUUUUGUUAAUCGAAACAUAUCAGAUGUUCAUCAAAAGCACAUUAGAAUACGCUCUUACAAUUAUGUGAACUAUUUAGAUGCAGAAAAAGAAGCAAAAAAAACAGUUCUUCAAAAAUUUAAUAUAUAUGAACCCAGUCAUGAUAGAUGUGAAAAGUACGUAUUCUUAAAAGAUGUACCCUCUGAUAAUUUAGAAGUAGAGUGUGUAAAGGAUUUGCUAAACAAAUAUAGAGAAGAAGAUGCAAAUCAUUAUUACGCAGAAGCAGAGGGAAAGAAAAAGAAUAGUACCAAUACAGAUAGACCCAUGACGAAUGGAAAGAAGGAGGAAGAGGGUGGAGAGGAAAAAAAAAAAAAAAAUAUAACGAAAAGAAAGGAAAAAAUUUCCAUUGAUCCAAUUAAAAUGGAUGAGACUAUCGAAGGGUACACAUACUAUACGAACGAUGAACAAAAUGGCAUUACAUAUUUCAUCAGUGAAAUAGAAAAAAAAAAAUUUAGAAGCAUUGUAAAAAGUAAGCUAAAUAGAUUAUAUUUUGGGGAUGAACACCUUACAGGAUAUAUUGACGAGAAUAUAUGUUACUGGGCUCACAAUGAUAAAAAAGGUAUUCAUAAAAAUAGUGAAAGUGAUGAUGAUUUGAUGGAAAAAGAGGAUACAGUGGGAAUAGAAGAUCAUUCUAGUGGCGUGGAGGAAUUGAAUGAACAAGCAGCAUUAUAUACUAUACCUAGUAAAGAUCAAGUGUAUGAAGAAAAUAGAAGAAGCAUAAAUAAAAAUAACAUCAUUGCAAGUCGAAAAGAAAAUAAAAAGUAUUCCUACUUUGAUUAUGCCGUUAUUGACAUUAGUACAAAGGAACAUAUGAAUAGAGAUUUUAUUUAUCAGUUAAAUAACUUAAGUGUAUUAAGAGAAAUAUGGGGUUACUCCUCUUUUCUUCAAGGGGUUUCUCUACUCUUCCCUGGUAGUACAUCCACAUUUCCCCAUUGGAGGAUUUAUACAUAUACUGAUUUUAUGAAAUCUGACAGCUUUGAUAAUAAAACAGGGAAGAAGCAAAAAGACGAAAAAGGGAAGAAAAGAAAGAAGAAAAAAGAAAAAGGAGGAGAAAAAGAAGGAGGAGAAAAAGAAGGAGGAGAAAAAGAAGGAGAAGAAAAAGAAGGAGAAGAAAAGGAAGGAGAAAACCUCAUGGGCAGAGAAGAUAAUAAUGAUGACGACCAUGAGGAUGAUGACGAUACCGAUAACAAACACAAUAACGGUGGUAAUGUCCCAAACGACAGUGAUAUCAGUCUAAGUGGUAACAUCAACAAUUACGCAGAACAAAUGAAACAGAAGAGUUACAAAGUUAAAGAUGAACAAAGAAAAAGUAUUACAUACACAGGAGCUUCUGCGCGGAUUGCGCAUGAAAGUGAGGUAUUCUUCAGGAAUGAAAUAGAAAAAAAUAGGCCUUCUGUCCAUCAUGCAGAUUUUCAUCUUAACUGUGUUAAUGAGAGUGACGGUAACUACAUUGGUAGGGGGUACAACCUUCCAAAUUGUGGUAGUAACAGCAAUAGGGGAAAUUCUAACAAUCUUAAAAAUAAUGAUGGAAAACGGAAUAGUUACUGUAGCCGUGACAGAUACGAGCAACGCUAUUCAAAUACACCAAGAAAUUUUACCAUGACUAAGGGGCCCAUGGAAAAGGAAAACAAUUUGUAUGAACCACUUCUAGACUCAAUGGAUGAUGAUUUAAAUUUUGUGAAAAUAAAAUCUUCAUCCGGGAGAAUCAUUUCUUUUUUUAAAAGUCUAUUUUUAAAAAAAAAAGAUAAAACUUUUGAAAUGAAAAAACCCAAAAAUUCAGUUGUUCGAGUGGAACCCAAAACCUUUUUUGCCAAUGAAAGAACAUUACUACAAUGGCUAAAUACUAGUGUACUAUUAUCUACUAUUUCUAUUACUCUUCUUAAUUUUUCAAACUCCUAUGGAUUUGUUUCUGGAAUUAUUAUGGCACCUGUAGCAAUUUUUUUUAUUCUUUAUUCUUUUCACAUCUAUUUAAAAAGGGCAGAGGCAUUAAUCCAUAAAGAACCCAUUAAUUACACAGACAAAGUUGGACCUGGUGUUUUAGUCAUUACUCUAACGUUUGCGCUCUCAACAGUUGUCCUUUUAAAUAUUUACAGUCGAUUGAAGGAUGAAGUGUAA